AUGCGGCUUUACAUCGCAUGUUUAUUGUUUACAUGUGGAAUAUUUUCCAAAACCUUCUCUUUACCAACUCUGAUCCAUCUACCACCAGCACACAGCGAGAACGAAAUUCCAGGUUAUAGAGAACCAGAUACAGCCCCCAAGUUCCCAGUUAUCAAGGAACAUAUUAAAGAAUUGCCUUUACCCAUAGACCUAUCACAGGCACUGACGAAUGUACUGGGCAGAUUACCGAAUACCGAAGACAUAAAGGAUCAUUCAGUUUUCGGAUUAAAUACUGCUGUACAUGGAGUUGUAAAUCAUGAAUUCAGACCACAUAAGAAGCACGAAGAUUCCGAAUCCAGACCACAAUCAGAUCAUGUAGCUGAACCUCGCGCGUUUGGUAAGCCUGGACUCGGACCACAUAGGGAACAUGGAGCUGAACAUUAUGCGCAUGGUAAGCCCGAAUUCAGACAGCAUGAAGAGCAUUGGGGUCUUGAAAUCAGACCACAUGACGAUCCUCAUUUUGAACCUCAUGGAUCUGACCACGAACAGGCCAAUACUGAAAUAGGGCAUAUAGAUGAAGCCUUUGAACCAAAACAUAAUGGUCCCAGACGAGUACACAAAUAUCAUGAAGUUGGACUAGAUUGGGCUAAAGGAAAAAAAGAAGGAAAGAAAAGAUUGAAGAAAGCUAAUGAAAUUGAGAAGAAAGCUAAAGAAAUUGGUGAAAAGUAUCUGAAGGAUGUCAUCCUCGACCAUCAACAACUUAUGGAUGUCAUGUUCAAUGAAAUGGAAUUGUUUUCAAAAGACAAUCUUGAACAUAUGUUUGCUUUGAAUAAAGAAAUUAUGAAAAUAGACGAGGUAAAGAAAAUAUCACAUAAAUUGAAGAAGAUUAUCUUUUCUAAAAUUAACGAAGUAAUUCCUUCAGUGCUGUCAUGCCAAGAUAUUGAUGAAGAUAAUGAAAAAGACCCUGAUGAUACCAACCACACUCUAGAAGAUUUGGUUACAAUUCUUUCACUCAGACAGAAUCUCAUCAAAGUUCAAAAACAACUGGAUCUAAUGAGCAACCCGGAGAUUGUAAACGAAGAACAAGAAUUGGAAUACGACGAUCUUCUUUUCUCAGAUGAUUUGCUGACAUAUGAUAUGGACUGUAUGGACACGAAUAAAGAUAAUUUUGGACACCGUCGUGGGAGACGCCACGGUAAACCAGGCCGUAGACCAUCUCCGACUACCAUCAACAUUCAUAAUUACUACCGCGAUAUGAUCCAACCCAAUGCACAUCCACCAAUACCUUAUCAUCCCGACUCGUCUGAUCUAUCUUCGUAUACCUACCAUCCCAUGAUAGUUCCAGAGACUUUAAAACCAUUCUUAAUAAACAUCCUCAACAAUUCCAAACACAAAUUUCCAGACGUAACGCACGAAGCAGUCUCUGGCAGCAAACCCCACUUAGUCGGAUUAAAAGAACGUGGCGCCCAUAACAACUAUCCAAACAAUAAACAUUACUGGGCUAAACACUCCUUGGUGGGAAAUGGUGUUCAUGGGCACUUGACCGGAUACACCAGUUUACCAAGCCAUCAAAUCGAUAAUCCUGACGGUUACAACAACGAUGAACGAAACGGUAACGUUGAUAAUAACGAUGAACAAAACUACUACGAUAACGACGUCGAAGGAAACAGUUAUUUCAUUAACAACGGUGAACACUACGGUUACGGUUAUAAGAACGAUGAACUCUACGGUUACGGUUAUAACAACGAUGAACAAAACUCUUACGGUUAUAACAACGGUGAACAAAACUCUUACGUCAAUAACAACGGUGAACGAAACGGUUACGUUUAUAACAAUGAUGAGCAAACUUUUUAUGGUUAUAACAACGGCUCUUACGGCUACGGUAACAACUAUAACGGCGAUUCUAACACUUACAAUUCCGGUAACAACCCGGAAUAUGCAAAGUCUAACGGCUACGGUUACAACGGACGCGAUGACUCCGACACGUACAAUUCUGGUAACUAUAACGGACACGGUGGUUAUAACGCUUACAAUUCCGGCAAAGGCCACGGUUACAACUAUAACGGACACGAUGGUUACAACAACAAGGGUUAUCCACAAACUAACGGCUACGUUUACAACAAUAACGGAUAUCAAAAUGUCCAUGGUACAUACGGUUUAGACCACAAUAGUUACGGUUACGGCAAGAAUGGAUACAAAAAUGCUAAUGAUAUAUUAAACAACCAACAGUAUGAUAGUUACGACCGAUCUUAUCCCCAAUGGUCUCAGGCUAACAACUACGGCUCCAAGUCUAACAGCUACGGUUUAACUGGCUAUGGUUCUAACGGCUACUACAAUAAUUACGGUUACGGACUAAACAAUGCAGAUGAUGUGGAACAUAACGACGACACGAACGUCCAUGCUAAUAACAAGAAUGAUGAUACUGAUUCGGAGAAGAUAGACCACACCGAAUCAUCAAUGUACGAUACAGGUUCAGAAAACACAGACGAUAUUGACGAAGGCGAUAAAAUUCAUAGUAUUAAAGAUUAUUUUAAAAUAUAG